UAACAGCCGUGGUUUCAUAAAAAGCCAGGCAGGUUUUGGACCAAGUUUAGCUUUCACACCGGUCCUGGGAGAAAGAAGCCAUAAAGUAAUCCUAAGUGAUUUGUCCGUGCAGCUUCUCCAUCCAUCUCACCUGUAAUGACUGAAAAACAAAAAAAAAUAACCAACAAAAAAAGGAGGUUUCUUUAUCAAGAUCCUUAGGUGGUGACAGUAUUUCUGGAAUUCUGCUGCUCUCCUUCCCUGUGUUUUGUGCACCUCGGGGCUGUUGUCAAACUUCCACCACAAGACCACCCCAGAAAGUUCAAAUUAAAGUAAACUGAAGUGUCUGGCAGGAAAUGGCAAAAAGAACUUGACAUGCACAGGAUUGCUGGUCCCAUUUGUGCCUUCAGAUCUCGGAGCUGGACGCAGAGAGCACCGUGGAAGGCCUUUAGCUGAACUUGCUGACUGGCUCUGUUGGCAGCUUAGUAAAUUCACAAAAGGGCUACGUGACACCUACCUCCAGUGGCAAGACUAACAGGGAUGCCAAAGGAAAAAUAUGAUCCUCCAGAUCCUCGCAGAAUUUACACCAUCAUGUCGGCGGAAGAGGUGGCCAACGGGAAGAAGUCGCACUGGGCUGAACUAGAGAUCUCGGGGAGAGUGCGGAGCUUAAGCACGUCGCUGUGGUCGCUGACACACCUGACUGCUCUGCACCUCAAUGACAACAACCUUACUCGCAUUCCACCUGAUAUUGCCAAGCUUCACAAUCUGGUUUACCUGGAUCUGUCAUCCAACAAACUCAGAAGUUUACCAGCAGAACUAGGAAACAUGGUGUCUCUCAGGGAAUUGCUUUUAAAUAACAAUCUGUUACGGGUUUUGCCUUACGAACUUGGACGGCUCUUCCAGCUACAAACCCUGGGUUUGAAAGGCAAUCCUUUAUCCCAAGAUAUUCUCAGCCUCUACCAGGAUCCAGACGGAACCCGAAAGCUACUGAACUACAUGCUUGACAAUCUAGCAGUUCAUCCAGAGCAGCUGCCUCCAAGGCCAUGGAUUACUUUAAAAGAACGAGACCAAAUUCUGCCCUCAGCUUCAUUUACAGUUAUGUGUUACAAUGUGUUGUGUGAUAAAUACGCCACCCGGCAGCUCUACGGCUACUGCCCAUCUUGGGCACUCAAUUGGGAGUACAGGAAAAAGGGAAUCAUGGAAGAAAUUGUCAACUGUGAUGCAGACAUCAUUAGUCUUCAGGAAGUGGAAACGGAGCAAUACUUCACCCUUUUCCUGCCAGCCUUGAAAGAACGGGGAUAUGACGGAUUCUUUUCUCCAAAGUCACGUGCCAAAAUCAUGUCCGAGCAGGAGAAAAAGCAUGUGGAUGGCUGCGCGAUAUUCUUCAAAACGGAAAAGUUCACUCUGGUGCAGAAGCACACGGUGGAGUUCAACCAGGUGGCCAUGGCCAACUCGGAGGGCUCGGAAGCCAUGCUGAACAGAGUGAUGACCAAGGACAACAUCGGAGUCGCCGUGGUGUUGGAGGUGCACAAGGAAUUAUUUGGAGCAAGUAUGAAAUCGCUUCACGUGGACAAGCAGCUGCUCAUCGUGGCCAAUGCCCACAUGCACUGGGACCCCGAAUACUCGGAUGUGAAACUCAUCCAGACCAUGAUGUUCGUCUCAGAGCUGAAAAACAUCCUGGAGAAAGCCUCGAGCAGGCCCAGUAGCCCGACAGCAGAUCCCAACUCUAUCCCUCUGGUGCUGUGUGCAGAUCUCAACUCACUGCCUGAUUCAGGUGUAGUGGAAUACCUGAGCAAUGGCAUAGUAGCUGACAACCACAAGGACUUCAAGGAGCUGCGCUACAACGAGUGUCUCAUGAACUUCAGCGGCAACGGCAAGAACGGAGCCUCGGAGGGCAGGAUCACGCACGGCUUCCAGCUCAAGAGCGCCUACGAGAACAACCUGAUGCCUUACACCAAUUACACCUUUGACUUCAAAGGUGUGAUUGACUACAUUUUCUACUCCAACACUCACAUGAACGUGCUCGGAGUGCUGGGCCCUUUGGACCCUCAGUGGCUGGUGGACAACAACAUCACGGGGUGCCCGCACCCGCACAUCCCCUCGGACCACUUCUCGCUGCUGACGCAGCUGGAGCUGCAGCCGCCGCUGCUGCCGCUGGUGAACGGCGUGCACCUGCCCUCGCGCAGGUAGUGCAGCCCCACGGGCUCCCGCCUGCCCCACGGACCUGUACACUUGUAAAUCCCACUAGAUAGGAGUGAAGUAUGGCCAACCUUCAGCUGCUUCUUCGAGCUCCUUUCCUUGUGUGUUUGAUAAGAGAUUUUGCACAUUUUGGUGCAUAUUGGUAUCAUUUGGCACUAGGGCUGGAACCAAAGUAUUAUUCCCCUUUCCAGGUUUUUAAUUUAAUCUUUGUGUUUUGUUGGGUUUUUUUUUUUUUUUAAUUUUACUUUAAACUGGCUUUUUCUUUUCAGUAGGAAGCUGCACUUCUAAAUGGACAAAAGAGAUUUAAAAACUUGCAUUUAACAUAUUUCAAGGUAAUGCUUUUUUCCAGAACGUGGCAAAUUGAGCCAACCUUUUAGGAGAAAGAAAAACAAAACUAGAGAUGCUUGUUUUGUAGGAAAAAUGUUAGAAAUACUGUUUGUUUGAAUCCAAAAUGGAGACUCAACUCUGCAUCCGACAUAUAUUUUGCACAUUAGCAAAGCACUUAAUACCUGACUAUAAACAAUUGGCAGCAUGGCCCUGCCCCUCAUCUCAAUACUAUCAGAAAACCAAAGAUAGCCAAGCAUCUGUGAUCAAAUUCGAGCUCUAAAUCCUCCUGAUUCCAGUUUGUUUGGGAGCUGUUCUCAGUCAGGGCUGAAGUAAAAAGCUGUUGGUUCCUUCCCAAAUGUUAAUGCUCUUUGGAUGUGUUGGAAAUCCUUGUUUUCUUUCCUUUUAAUGCUCUGGGUGGCCAGUUCAAAACCUUGUGCCUCAGGAGGCAUUGAACAUGAUGCAAUUUUCUGGGAAAAAAAAAAAAAAAAACAAACAAAAAAAACCCAAGUUGUUUGGCUGCUUAAUGUUUAAAAAAAAAAAAAAGGCACAGUGAUAGGAAAAGGUCGUGUCUGUGUUUUUAAGUUUUUCUUUAUUCUGCUUUUUUGCUGCUAUAAGAUUUUCUUGAAUUUCUAUUUGAAACUUUUCAUGCACUUUACUGUUUCUAGUCUCCAAAUGUGAUAUUUUUAAUAAAUGAGAAACGUUUUCCAUGAUGUGAAUGAAAUUUUUAAGCAGAUUGAUAAGCCUAUAUUUAUGUCUCAUUCGUAUACUUCAAAAAAAAGUCCAAUUUGAAUUGUGAAAUUAGUUUUAAAUACAAAAGAGCCAUCUUGUGUCUUGCAAAACUGCCAAGUCAGGCUGUUCCUCUUUAAUUAAACAUUUCCUAUGUCAUUUUAUACACAGGAAAUUUUCCAUAGUGGGGGGAAAAAAAAAAUUAAUUGGACUUAGAGGAGAAACUAUUCCCUGACUCUGACUAGGGGCCAGGGAGGGGGUGGAGUAGGCCAGAAUGCAAAAAUGGGUUCAGCAAAGUGACAACUCCCUUGAAAAAGUGCCUAAAAAAUGGGGGUGUCACCUGUGGUCUGGGAUCAAUUGGAAGCAAUGGGAGCUGGGGGAAAUUCCUGCACAGCACUUGCUUUGUGCAAAAACAAAACAAAAUAAAAAAGCCCUUUCCAGAGAUGGAUUUUCCUCUGGGUGCAGGUAUCUCUGUUGGAAUAUACCUCAGCGUUCCCCUACCUGGCCAUGGCACAUGGAUUGGAGAGCACUGGAAAGUAGAAUAGCAUGAAAAACUUAAUUUUGUGGACAUUACCUUUCUGUAUUUCAGCUGCUGUAUGUUUCUGGGGAGUGGGAGGAUGCUCCGCUCCGGAGGCGUGCUCUAACCUGCUCCCCCUGUUCCUCCAGGCACGGUGAUCCCAGCGUGAGCAGUGUUUCCUAACCAUACUUCACUCCCAAUAUUUUCUGAGCUGUUUGUAUAAAAUGGAAUUUCCGAUUCGCCCGUGAUUGUCUAUGAACUGCGGAGGAGCCCAUUUAGUAAUAAAAAUCAAAACCCAG